CUUCCUGGUCUAGUACGCAGCAGUGAGAGCGAGCGAACGAGCAGGCAUCCACCGCGUUACUGUGGCAGUGGGACCCUGGGAGCAGGAGAGGUCCACUCAUCUACGAUCCUCGGCUCAAUACAGACAUAACUUUUCAAGGCAACUGACACGUCUUAAAGGAGAACAGGAGAAAGACAUCGGAAACCCUGAGAGGCAACCAUAGUGAACCUGGACAGGGAUAAGAAAAAGGGAGUCCACAGUACAUUAUAGAGUCCGCUGUUGCUGCUGCUGCUGCUGUGCUCAGAGACAGUCUCUCUAUCAGAAUCUUCUCCUGACCGUGGUUCAACCAGAGAGACGGAAGCAGAGAGGCUGUGUGUCCAGAGCUCUCCAGUCCAGUCUCUAGAGGUCUAUCCUGCUGCCAUGGCCCUUGAGUGCACUGCGUCCCAUUGGUGAGCGAGGGGCAUCAGAGGGCAGAAGACAUGUUGGGACAGAGGCCUGGGGACCGCACUGAAGCUUGCUGUAGUAACCAUGGAAAUGCUAUGGAGGACCUUGGCCUGCAUUGUUGUCAUCAUCGUCAUGGUUGCCACCGAGGUCGCAGAAAGUCAGACUGCUGAAAAGUUCACCCAGUCACAAGCUGCGUUCCUGUCCAGCCUGGGCCAGUAUGAAAUUGUCAUCCCGGUUCGCGUGGGGCCGCAGGGCGAGACCCUGGACACAGAGGAUGGGGGUGCAGACAGCCCCAACCACUACCGGCGGAGCCGCCGCAGUGCUGAGGACCAGCAACAGGACCCGUCCCAGCUGUACUACCAACUCUCCACCCCCAAAACUAACUUCUUCCUCAACUUGACCCUGCAGGGGGGACUGCUGUCCCACCAGUUCCGUGUGGAGUACUGGAGGAGGGGCCAUCUGGCCUGGAGCCACCCUUAUGCCCCCCAGUGUCUCUAUGUAGGCCACCUGCAGGGUCAGCCCCACUCCAGCAUGGUGGCUCUCAGCAACUGUAACGGCCUGCAGGGGGUGAUCGUGGCGGGCGGUGAAGAGUACCUCGUCGAGCCUCUGACCCCGGCCGAAAACCUCACAAGGGCGGAGAGGGGAAAGGGCCGCCCCCAUGUGGUUUACAAGAGGUCAUCUCUUCGCCACCAGUACAUGGACCAAUCCUGUGGGGUCAUCGAUGAGAAGCCAGGUAAAGGCAUGGCCUGGUGGCAGAGGACUCUGAAGACUCCUCCCAACCCCAUCGGCCGAGGCCAGCUGCCCCUGAAGAGGUCUGUGAGCAGAGAGCGCUACGUAGAAACACUGGUGGUGGCCGACAAGAUGAUGGUGGGGUACCACGGCCGCCGGGACAUCGAGCAGUACAUCCUGGCUGUCAUGAAUAUUGUUGCCAAACUGUUCCAGGAUUCUAGCCUGGGGAACGCAGUGAACAUCGUGGUGACCCGCCUCAUCCUGCUCAUGGAGGACCAGCCGACUCUAGAGAUCAACCACCAUGCAGGGAAGUCCCUGGACAGCUUCUGUAAGUGGCAGAAAUCCAUCCAGAACCGGAAUGGCAACGGGAAUGCCAUCCCAGACAACGGCAUCGCUCACCACGACACUGCCGUGCUCAUCACCAGGUACGACAUCUGCAUCUACAAGAACAAGCCAUGUGGAACCCUAGGUCUAGCACCAGUGGGAGGGAUGUGUGAGCCAGAGAGGAGCUGCAGCAUCAACGAGGACAUCGGCCUGGCCACAGCCUUCACCAUCGCCCACGAAAUAGGACACACGUUUGGGAUGAACCAUGACGGAGUGGGCAACACCUGUGGCUCCCGCAGUCAGGAGACAGCCAAGCUGAUGGCUGCACACAUCACCAUGAAGACCAACCCUUUCGUCUGGUCCGCCUGCAGCCGAGACUACAUCACCAACUUCCUGGACUCAGGCAUGGGUUCCUGCCUCAACAACGUCCCCCCCAAGCAGGAGUUUGUGUACCCCACCACGGCCCCCGGCCAGGCCUACGAUGCAGACGAGCAGUGCCGCUUCCAAUAUGGAGUGAAGUCUCGGCAGUGUAAAUACGGGGAAGUCUGCAGCGAGCUGUGGUGCAUGAGCAAGAGCAACCGCUGCAUCACCAGCAGCAUACCCGCCGCUGAAGGAACCAUCUGUCAAACCAAUACCAUAGAGAAAGGGUGGUGCUAUAAGAGGGUGUGUGUGGUCUACGGGACCCGGCCAGAGGGGGUGGAUGGCGGCUGGGGUCUCUGGACUCCCUGGGAGGAGUGCAGCCGUACCUGUGGGGGAGGAGUGUCCUCCUCCAUCCGCCACUGUGACAGCCCCAGGCCAACCAUUGGUGGAAAGUAUUGUCUGGGAGAGAGGAAGCGCUUCAGAUCGUGCAAUAUUGACGAGUGCCCUGCAGGCUCUCAGGAUUUCCGGGAGAUUCAGUGCUCCGACUUCGACAACAUUACUUUCCGGGGGAAAUUCUACACCUGGAAACCCUACAGGGGAGGUGGAGUGAAGUCCUGCUCUCUGAACUGCCUGGCGGAGGGAUAUAACUUCUACACAGAGCGUGCUCCGGCUGUGGUGGACGGGACGCCAUGUCGAGACGACUCUCUGGAUGUCUGUGUGAACGGAGAGUGCAAGCACGUGGGCUGUGACCGGAUCCUGAGCUCGGACGUGCGCGAGGACCGCUGCCGGAUUUGCGGGGGUGACGGGAGCAGCUGUGAGGCCAUCGAGGGCCUCUUCAAUGACUCCCUGCCUGAAGGAGGUUAUGAAGAGGUGGUCAGAAUCCCCAAAGGAUCAGUGUUCAUUCAUAUCCAGGAGCUCAACGUCUCCCUCAACUUCCUAGUGCUGAAGAGUAAAGGGGAACAGUUCUUCAUCAAUGGGAAGCUGACCAUCGACACCCCUCGUAGGUUUGACAUCGCAGGGACCACCUUCCACUACCAACGGCCCACUGACCAACCUGAGACCCUGGAGGCCCUGGGGCCCACCAACAUGACCAUCAUCGUCAUGGUACUGGUGAGGGAAGAGAACCCAGGGAUCCACUACCGCUUCAACCCCCCAGUCAGCAGAAACCUUUUGAGUGGAUAUGCCUGGCACUACACAUCCUGGUCCCGCUGCUCUGCACUCUGCGCUGGGGGUGGUCAGACCCAGCAGGUAGUGUGUAAGAAGCAGACUGAUCACACCGUGGUCUACAACCACUUCUGUGACAAGAAGAGUAAACCCAAAGACAAGAAGCGAGCCUGCAACUCUGAGCCAUGCUCCCCAAGCUGGUGGUCUGGGGUCUGGUCUGAGUGCAGUCGCAGCUGUAACGGGGGCCUGAGGACCAGAGAGGUGUUGUGUAAGAGGAAGAUCUCUCCUACAGAGGAGAAGGUGCAGGACGACGGCGCCUGUACCCCCCCACGACCACCCCUCACUGAACCUUGCAGCAACUACACCUGCCCCCCAGAGUGGCUGGCCCUGGACUGGUCAGAGUGUAAUCCCAGUUGUGGUCCAGGAUUCAGGCACCGUGUCCUUCUGUGUAAACGUGGGGAGAGUGGAGACAUACUGCCAGAGUCCCAGUGUCCCAAGCAUGGGCGUCCCACCACCAGGGUGCGCUGUAACCUGCAGCGCUGCCCACCUCCCAUGUGGGUCACAGGGCCCUGGGGAGAGUGCUCGGCCAAGUGUGGUCUGGGUCAGGAGAAGCGCUCUGUGCAGUGUCUCGCACAAACCGGCCAGCCGUCAAAUGAGUGCCAAGACCUCCAGCGCCCGGCAGCCAUGCAACAGUGCAAGAGCAAAUGUGACCUCAGUAGCCUACCCAUGGACAUCCCCGAGGGUGACCCUGAAGAGUGCAAAGAUGUGAACACAGUGGCGUACUGCCCCCUGGUGCUCAGGUUUAAGUUCUGCAGCCGCCCCUACUUCAGACAGAUGUGCUGUAAGACCUGCCAAGGACACUGACCCCUGAACCAGACCGAGAGCCAGACCAGGAGGCAUCCCCAGAGGGCCCAGACCAGACCAGGAGCCACCCCUAGCGGGCCCAGACCAGACCCACUGAGCUGCACAUUCCACAGGGGGGAGGGACGGCCCAGACAACGCACCGCAGAUCAGCCUGGCUGACAUCAGUGGACAGAGAAGUAGACGGUGGGAGGGUGAGAGAGAAAGAGAGAGAGAACUGUACUUUUAUCCCGCACUCUGAAAGUGCGCUAUCUUAUACCAGCUUUGGGGACAUUGCUGUGAAGACCAGAUGAGCUGCUGGGAUAUCUCUCUGUUUCUAUUUACGUACACUAUAUAUACAAAAGUAUGUGGACACCCCUUCAAAUUAGUGGAUUCGGCUAUUUCAGCCACAACUGUUGCUGACAAGUGUAUAAAAUCGAGCACACAGCCAUGCAAUCUCCAUAGACAAACAUUGGCAGUAGAAUGGCCUUACUGAAGAGCUCAGUGAAUUUCAAGGUGGCACCGUCAUAGGAUGCAACGUUUCCAACAAGUCAGUUAGUCAGAUUUCUGCCCUGCAAUAGCUACCCCGGUCAACUGUAAGUGUUUUUAUUGUGAAGUGGAAAUGUCUAGGAGCAACAACGGCUCAACCGUGAAGUGGUAGGCCACACAAGCUCACAGAACAGGACCACCGAGUGCUAAAGCGCAUAGCGAGUAAAACCAUCUGUCCUCGGUUGCAACACUCACUAUAGAGUUCCAAACUGCCUCUGGAAGCAACGUCAGCGCAAUAACUGUUUGUUGGGAGCUUCUUGAAAUGGGUUUCCAUAACCGAGCAACUGCACACAAGCCUAAGAACCCCAUGCGCAAUGCCAAGCGUCGGCUGGAGGGGUGUAAAGCUAUCCGCCAUU